AUGACGUCAUGUGCGUGCGUCGGUAUUGCAACGUCAUCUUUAAGCGACAUCUUCGGCGUUACAAGCAUGGCUGGUACUGAUACGGAAAAGAAACCGGUUUUGGAGAUGGUCCAAGCAGAUGGCGCUGAUGAAAGCUGUGUGACGUUCGUCCUGCAUGAAGAGGACCACACACUGGGAAAUUCGCUCAGAUACAUGAUCAUGAAAAAUCCUGAUGUUGAGUUCUGUGGCUACAGCAUCACACACCCAUCCGAGAGCAAGAUCAACUUCCGCAUACAGACACGAGGCGGUCUUCCAGCAACCGAACCUCUGCGCAAGGGCUUGAACGACCUCACCGAUGUCUGUAAACAUGUCCUGCACACAUUUGAGGCACAAGUGAAAGACUUCAGAGAACGGCAGGGAGAGGCAAUGGAAUAAUCCGGAACAAAGAGGAUUGUCAUAUGAGUUGCAUCUGUUGCUGGACUGAUAUAAAGCCAGAGAAACUACUCAAACCUUUUGUCUUUCUCGUAUAAAGAUAUUCUGUAUAUUAA